CCCUGAUCAAAUCCUGAUCACUAUUGAUUGGUGAGAGGUUGACUUUUCUUUUCUUUUCUGCGUGUUCUCCAUUUGUACUUUCAUUUCAUCUCUUCCAUUUUUUCCCUAUCUUUUGUAUCAACACUUCUUACUUCUUCUUUGAGCAAUGUUUAACUAUCAAAUGAUUGCUACAUCAUUAGUCCAUUCUCGAAUUAUAGAGAGGCAUUAGGUUGUUUUGCUUUAAUUUGGGAUUUCAUUUUUUUCCCCAAUGAUUUUGUAAGUUUGGUUUUCUUUUUGCGGGUAUUUUUGCCAUUCCAAGGCUACUUGGGUUUAUGUGAUUGAGAGAGAAAAAAACUAAUUAAGAAAGGAAAGGAAAGCAAAAAAAAUGGACAAAAAUGAGGAGGAAGUUUCAGGAGAGAAAUUGCCUGAAAAAAAUGAGGCAAAGGAGACUAAAGGUAAGGACCAUGAGGAAGAUGAAGAUGAUGAUCAUGAUGAAGAAAGAAAGAUUGAAGUGGGUCCUCAAUACACACUCAAAGAACAACUCGAAAAGGAUAAGGAUGACGAGAGCUUGAGGAGAUGGAAGGAGCAACUUCUCGGUGCUGUGGAUAUUGAGGCUGUCGGAGAAACUUUGGAUCCCGAAGUGAAGAUUUUAAGUCUAGCAAUCAAAUCCCCUGAUAGGGAGGAUAUUGUGCUUUCGAUCCCAGAAGAUGGAGAUCCCAAAGGUUGUUGGUUCACCUUAAAAGAAGGUUGUCGAUAUAGUUUACUCUUCACCUUCGAAGUCAAGAAUAACAUAGUGUGCGGGCUAAGAUAUACCAACACAGUUUGGAAAACAGGCGUCAAAGGGGCAGUUGAUAGUACGAAGGAGAUGCUUGGAACUUUUAGUCCACAAGCAGAAACUUACACACACGAGAUGCCUGAGGAGACUACUCCUUCCGGCAUGUUUGCUAGAGGAUCUUACUCAGCUAGAAGUAAGUUUGUGGAUGAUGAUAACAAAUGUUACUUGGAGAUCAACUACACCUUUGAUAUUCGUAAAGAAUGGCUGCCAACAUAAACGCAACAGAGAUAUUGGUCUAAUAUGCUUGGAUGACAAUAUAAUUUUUGAGGGCUUCAUAUUGUUAAAAUUUAUUUUUGUGUUAUGUUUAUGUUAUAUUUACAAUUAGCAUUGUACGAAGACUUUGUCUGCCUUUAUUUUGUCAUUUUGAUCGAAAAAGCUAAGAGUUCUUUUUUGUAUCCUAUCGGUUGAAAGUUUGUAUGAGACUAUUUAUUAAACAAUUGUGAGGUAU